AUGGAAAGCAAGGGGAAAUGGGCAACGGGGAAUCAUGCUAUGGUGACCGCUCUAGUGAGGACAAUUAGUGUUCUCAAUGUUCCUCAACAUACAGCUCAAGAUAAUGGUGAAAUUGCAAGGGUUGGAGAUGGAGCUGCUUCAAUCUCCAAAUUCAUUACUGUUGAUCAGAACGGGCAUGGAAAUUUCAUAACUAUUCAAUCUGCUAUUGAUUCCAUUCCUGAUGGCAAUCAACAGUGGGUUCAAAUUUAUAUAAAGCAAGGAACUUACAGGGAGAAGGUUCUUAUAAGGGCGUCAAAACCAUUUAUUGUUCUCCAAGGCGAAGGUGCUAGCAACACUAGAAUCGACUGGAAUGAUCAUGGUGAUACUAAGAAUUGUGCAACCUUCAUCGUCUAUGCCAAUGACUUUGUUGCUCGCGAUAUUACUUUUUCGAAUUCAUAUAAUUGGAAUAUUCAUGCCCCUGAAGUAGCAGAGGCAGCACUAGUAGGGGGAGAUAGGAAUUCCUUCUAUAGGUGUAAUUUCUUAGGCCACCAAGACACCUUGUGUGACUACCUAGGCCGUCAUUUUUACUACGGAUGUUGGAUCGAGGGCAGUGUCGACUUCAUUUUUGGCUUUGCGCAAUCCAUAUACGAGAAAUGUACUUUGCAUUCGAAUGGAAAGGGUUGGUUGAUCGCAAAUGCUAAGGAUAACCAAAAUUCCCCAACUGGGUUCGUAUUCAAGUAUUGCAUCAUUCGUACCUCGGACGAGAGCACUUACCUUGGAAGAGCAUGGAAUGAAUGGUCCACUGUGAUUUUCUUUGAGACAUACAUGCCUGCAAAUAUUCAACCUCAAGGUUGGCAGGGAUGGAGCCACACAACGAUCAUAGAACAAGGUUGCUUGGGACCAGGCUCAGAUAAGUCAAGAAGAGUGAGUUGGUUAAAAAAUAAUCAAAGCAUUAGCCACUUCGUCAGCGACAAAUUUAUUGGUCCAGAUAAUUGGUUGUCUCAACAACCUUAA